AUGUCAACCUCCAUCCACCAAAUCAUUAUCGACAACCGAGGAGUCUCCACUUCGCUUCACUUUAGCGAUGUGCUAUUCUUCGUUGAACCUACAAAGCUUGACGCUCACAAAUCCUCUUGCUGCGCAGGCAUAUAUCAUUCUCACAAAGAGCUUAAGAUAGAGGUGCCUCUUCGUAAUGUCGUUGCCGCCAAAUUUGCAUCUGGCGCCGUUGAAGUACAAUACCUGGUUCGGAAGGGCAAGGAGAGUUUGAACCUUGUCAUGACAAGCGGCACAGUAAAGGACGAAGAUAGCACGCGUGCCAAGGACUGGUGUCAGGCGCUACUGCUGGCUGCAUACCAGGGUGCGAAUCCAUCCAAGAAUCUCAAGGUGCUCGUUAACCCUCAUGGCGGAAAGGGGAAGGGAAGAGCAGAGUACGCCAGUAAAGUGGAACCCAUAUUCAUUGCGGCUGGAUAUACCACUCAUGGAGGUCACGCUCUUGAAAUUGCUCGCGAAAUGAAGCUGGGAUAUGACGCCCUAGUCAUUGUAUCCGGCGACGGUUUAAUACACGAGGUCCUCAACGGAAUAAAUCAGCAUGAACAGCGUGAACAGGCAUUUUGUAUACCAAUAGCACCUAUACCGACUGGCUCUGGUAACGGAAUGUCUCUUAAUCUACUGGGACUGCAGGACGGGCUCGACGUUUGCGCAGCAGCCCUGAACGUCCUUAAAGGACAACCAUUGAAAGCCGAUCUCUUUUCUUUCACCCAAGGAAAUUGUCACCGGAUAUCAUUCAUGUCACAGACUAUCGGAAUUACAGCUGAUAUCGAUAUUGAGACUGAACAUUUACGGUGGAUGGGCGAUACCCGGUUCAUCCUAGGCUACAUUCGUGCUAUCAUUGCCCGCAAAUCGUGUCCGAUCGAGUUAUCAAUGAAGGUCGUCGAGCAAGACAAAUCCCGCAUGAUGGAUGCUCUUCAUGCACGACGAGCAGGCGAAUCACCCAGCCCAACUAGCCUUCCUAGUUCGCUCCUCAGUGAUGACAAGAAACUUGAUAUUGCAAGCUCUUCACAUGAGGAGUGGACCCGGUUUGAAAGACCUAUCCUCUGGAUGUAUGCUGGUCAAGGGCCAUUCGUUAGCCGGGCUUUAAUGCAGUUCCCUGUCUCUUUAGCUGAUGACGGACUUAUUGACAUAUCCGUACAAGAAAUAACCAGUCGGAGGAAUCUCUUGCGGGCCAUGGAUGGUGCCGAAGAAGGUAGGACAUACUGGAUAAAUACGAACCGAUACUACAAAGCGUCCGCUUACCGCGCACGGCCACUCGCCUCCAAGGGCACACUCGUGGUCGAUGGCGAGCAGGUUCCCUUCGAAGAGUUUCAGGUGGACGUCCUUCACGGACUUGGCACCUUUUUAUCCCCGUAUCCUCAUUAUGCGCCUGAGUUUGUUGUACGAGACGUCCAAGGGAAAACCCGAGCGACCAGUGUAUAAUUGUCGUUUCAACGAUACCCUUCUUGUACAUUGGAUAUGUAAUACUGACUAUUUGAUUCUUUGUUAGCAAUUUUGUCAACACUACAGUCUCUGGUCAAGUUGACUUUGAUGUCAAUUUACAACGUUCCCGAAUCUAGUUGUAGAGUUACAUUUGGCGACCGAUCGAUUAUUAUUUAAUCUUCACUGAU